AUGUUAAUCAAGAAAUUAAGUAACGCUAUUCUUAAGUAUCGAUUCUCUAAAGAAAUUUUAGAUUUUGCUAAACCUAAUCCAACCAAAUUAUAAAUCUCAUAAUAAUCUAUCAAAUGUAUAGUCUUACAUCCAAUAUUUCAUUAAAAUUAAGAUCCACAAUUAGAAUUAUAUAUGGCAGAAGAAGCUAUUGGAUUAUCGAAAUAAUUGAAUUGGACAUUACAAUAAGGACCUUUUUGGAAAGAUUAAAAUAUCAAAAGAAAUCAAACAAAAAAUAAUUCAGAUAAUAAAGAUGAAUUAUUGAUAAAUGAAGAUGAUUUAGAUGAUGAAUGGAAAAAUUAAAUUAUUAGAAAUUCAAUUGCUAAAUCAUCUCUUGUUAAAGUUCCUCAUAUUCAUUCUAAUACCUUUUUCACUAAAAGUAAAUUAUCUAUGUUAGGAUAAUAUAUUCAAUCUAAUAAAAUUAAUGCAGUCUUUAUAAAUCAUGAAUUAACAUAAUUAUAAACUAAAAACUUGUAAAAAAUAUGGACUCAAUAUUCUAAAGGAGAUAUAACAUCUACUAUUAAUGAAAAUAUUAAUGAUUAUAAUGAAGAUUAACAAAAUUAUGAUAAUAUAAAUAAUGAAGAAGGUCUUUCAGUCAAAGUUUAUGAUAGAUUCACUAUGAUUUUAUAAAUUUUUGCCAAAAGAUCAACUCAAGGUGUUUCUAAAUUAUAAAUUGAAUUAUCUUUUCUUAAAUUUGUAAAAACAUAAUUAGUAAGAAAUAAUAAUGCUUUUAUAUCACUUUUAUAAAUCUUCAAAGGUGAUUUAAUGAUGGCCAAUGAAAUUUAUUUAGAAAUCAUCUAAGCUUAAUCAAGAAAGGCUCUAAAUAAAAUGAAUGAUUCAGUUGAAAGUGAACUAUAAUUAUAUAGAAAACUUAUUGAUGAUAGAAUUGAAAUAGUCAAAAAACACAUUGAUGAAGUAAACAUUUAAAGAAUUAAUAUAAAAAGAAAAAAGCUUAUUCAAACUGUUCCUAAAAUUGCAUUGAUAGGAUAUACUAAUGCUGGUAAAUCACAACUAUUAAAUUGUAUUUUAUAAAAAGAUGCAAUUUAAAAUAAAGAUUUACUCUUUUAAACUUUAGAUAUCACUUCAAAAUAAAUAAGAUUAAUAUCUGGAUAAAAAGCAAUUUUGUUAGAUACCAUUGGUUUCAUUAGUGAUCUCCCAAAAGAUUUGAUUGAACCUUUUAAAUCUACUCUAGAAGGAAUUUAAGAUGCUGAUAUUGUUUUACAUAUUAGAGAUAUAUCUCAUCCAUAAACUGAACAUUAAAAAUAAGUUGUUCUUAAUAUUCUUAAAGAUUUAGGUUUUGAUUAAGAGUUUUAUAAUAAAAAAAUGGUAAAUCUUUAUUCUAAUUUAGAUUGAAGUAUGGAAUAAAAUUGAUUUAAUCAAUUACCCUAUCGAUUAUGAAUCCAUUGAAACUCAAGAUUAACCUAUUGUACCUAUUAGUGCAUUGAUGAACAUUAAUAUUAAAAAAUUGCUCUAAAUUAUGGAAGAAAAAUCUAAUCAAGUUAUGAAUAAAAAAUUAUACAGAAUUAAAUAUAAUAUUGAUUAACAUUUUGAAAGAUUAAAAUGGCUUUAUGAUAAUGGCAAUAUAUCAGGAAUUAAAAAUGAAUUAUAAAGACCUCCUGUAAAGAGAGGAGAUCCUAGUAUUAUAGAGUUUGAAGUGAUCUUAGAUGAAGUCACUUAUAACAGAUUUAUAACCACCUUUUAAUCUGAAAUGAGAAUUAACAAAAAUAAUAAUAUCCCUCACUCAAAUUGGAAAUGA